GAAUAAAUUAACACUAAUUGCCCGGAGUUAUUUGAAUCGAACUGUAUCAGUUUUAGUUCAAAAAUUGUCAGAAAAUAUCGUUUUAAAAUGGUUGUCAAAGGCACUACAGGUAUGCUUGUAUAAAUCACGAUCUAACAUACAUCUGAAAUUAGCUUAAUAAUGCUUUUCUAAGUUUGUUGCUUUUAUAUUUAUGUGAAUAUGCUGUCGGUACAUAUAAAUGUUUAUAUUCAUUAUUGCCGUCUGUGUUGACGAAUGAAUUUUGUAGGCUAUUUUAUAAACUUUGUGUAUUUGGCUGUGUGCUGCUUAACUAUAAAGUUGGUUUAGGUCUGUUUUCUAGCUUUAUUGCUAGAGAAAUUAGCCUAUACUCUUUGAUUCUGAGUAACUAUAUAUACAGAUGAUUGAUCUGCCUCAGUCCCUCAGACAGAUCAACACUAUAAAAUACCCUUGGGGUAGUUUGUAAUAGUAUAGCCGAUAUAUCGAUAGUUAAGAUAUCGAUAACUGUCGGUUAUUCAGUAUUAUAUUUUUAAAAUAUGGACAGACCGAAAAUUUCAAAUCAGUUCGGUAUUUUUGGUGUUGAAUGUAGAAUAUUCAUUCAUUCUCCUCCUGGAAGAUGUGACUGAACGACAUGCCAAAGACUUCAUACUCGAUUCCAUACUUUUGGCUGCGAAUAGACCUUUUGAGUGAAAUUUUGAUCUAGACAAGUGUGGACAAAAAUUUCAUCACAGCUUGAAAGAGCAUCACAAAAUUUUGUAAAAUGCGGAUAAUAUAGCCUUGCGAAGUUUGCCGUUUUUCAGUCAUUUGGUAUUACAAAUGGGAAAUUGAUAAUCAGAUGAUCAAACUGAUGGAAAAUGUUAGAUUGUAAUGCAAAAUGACUGAAAAACGGCAAACUUUGCAAGACUAUAUUAUCCACAUUUUACAACAUUUCGCAACGAAACUUCGGAAUAUUACUAAUUUUGUGAUGCUCUUUCAAGCUGUGAUGAAAUUGUUGCCCAGGCAUAUCUAGAUCAAAAUUUCACUCAUAAGGGGAAAGGUCUAUUCACUCAUUCGCAUUUAUCAGGAGGGGAAAAUCCCCGACAAAAUCGCUAUUGUGAACCAGGCUUAAUUGCCUGUUGAAACAAGGUUACCGUGGUCAUUCAACAUUGUUGAAUACAACAUGUUGGCCUGGUUCGAACACUAUGUUGGGUAAUGCUGGCCAAUGUUGGAUCGGGUAUCUUGAUAUUUUUUAAUACUACAACAGCCUACUGUAACAUUACACUGAGGUUGGCAAUGAAACCAAGACAGCAAACAGAAUGUACUAAUAAAACUUGAAAAAUAGAUGGGAAAAACGAUCUGUGUUGUCUGUUGUACAUAGAUUUUAUCAUAAAGGGAAAGAACUGACUGAUUUCUGAAUCCUAAUUCAUGGUAUGGCUGCAGAAGUUAGGGGAGUCAUGGAGUGAUGGUUCCUCUAUAGUCUAAGGCACAAACUCCAAAUUUAAAAUGUGGAUUCAAAUCUUAGUUGAUUUUAGAAUCCUAGAAUUACAAGUCAACUUUCUAGCUUGCUAAACAGGGACAUAGCGAAGCAUCUCGAGUUGGGAGGGUGUCGGAGGAUUUGACGUGAAAUUUGAAAUUUACCUGAAGUGUAAUAAUUAUAAUAGAGCUUUUUCUGAUUAUAAUACUAAGUUUUUCAAGAGACUGCAUUUCUGGCAUUUUCUGAGGCAAAUUUGCAAACAGAUUGCAUCCAAACUGACUACACUAGUUUACACAAAUAAGUAUGACUUACAAAAUAUAAUGACUUUACAACAAUCUUUUCUGGACUUUCAGAGUUGAGAGGGCUUACACCCACCCCCACACCCAAUAUCAUGUGGAGCUAGUUAUCUAACCCUAGUCCAGAAUUACUCUGGGCUGGCAAAGAUUGGCUACCUCCACAAAAAUAAAAUCCUUUUCAUAGUCUAUAUCAAGGCAACACAACACGAUAGCAUUGUCGACAUUCACAAGAUAUUGGGCAAUCAAUUCUCAUUUAUAGGAUUGUAGGUUUAAAACUCUAGGUUUGUAGCCUAGGGGAGCUAGUUAUCUAACCCUAGUCCAGAAUUACUCUGGGCUGGCAAAGAUUGGCUACCUCCACAAAAAUAAAAUCCUUUUCAUAGUCUAUAUCAAGGCAACACAACACGACAGCAUUGUCAACAUUCACAAGAUAUUGGGCAAUCAAUUCUCAUUUAUAGGAUUGUAGGUUUAAAACUCUAGGUUUGUAGCCUAGGGGAGCUAGUUAUCUAACCCUAGUCCAGAAUUACUCUGGGCUGGCAAAGAUUGGCUACCUCCACAAAAAUAAAAUCCUUUUCAUAGUCUAUAUCAAGGCAACACAACACGACAGCAUUGUCAACAUUCACAAGAUAUUGGGCAAUCAAUUCUCAUUUGUAGGAUUGUAGGUUUAAAACUCUAGGUUUGUAGCCUAGUUCCGAGCCAAAAUUUAACAAUAAUUUUCACACCAAACGUUGACACGUUUUUCUCAUUGAGGACACGUGGAGGAAGCAUGGCUGUCAAAAAUGGGUGUACUAACGAUAUAUGGCUUUCACAGUUGCGUAGAAGAUUUAAAUAUUUCAUUACAUUAUGCAACAGUAUCAUCGCUGUCCAAUCAAUGCCCCUGCUAUACACUGUAUGUAGCAUGAUUUGUGUAUUAUCCCACACUACUGUAGAUGGGUUUUGUAUAUGGAAUUUAAGUGUGAAAUUUAUACAUUUAUCAGACUUAACCAGGAGCGGUUGCGAUGCUUAUACAACCAACAAUCCACCCGAUUAAUUUUCUCCAUAUGAAAAAACGACAGUACAUAAACCAACCCCAAGAAUUUCGGCAGAGCGUUGAAUGAAUCUUAGGCUAACUGGAUAACCUCCCUUAGCGGCGCGAAAAAGCGCCUAUCCGAUACCGAAUGUACAACUUUCAGAAUUUGAGCGAAACAACAUCUCUCCGUUGCUAUAAUUCCUCUGAAAAUAGCGUUCCUAAAAGGUACGGAUAUGUGGGGGUUUUUUCACGUCGUUAUACGGAAAGCGAUCCUGUACAAGUGUAAACGUGGCCUUCAGAUUACAUGCACAAGUUGUCUCCCAGCGAGAAUCGAGCCCACGACCUUAGGUGUGAAAGGCGCCCACUCUGACGACUGCUCAGUGUAGGUAGUGUUCUACUUGGAAAAAAAAUAGAAACAUUUAUUCAAGAGGUAUACAGUAUAGCCAAAAGUGGCUCCUACGAAGCCCUUGGCCUUGGCUAAAAAAAUCGAAGUGUUUAAAACUUUUCCUACACAAACCCACGCCAGCGUAUUCAACACCUACAGAAUUAACGUAAAAAAAAACAACUAGAAUAUUUUGAUGAAACCGCCCAUGCACUAUCACUGUAUAAGGCUGGGGGUUUUUUCUGUGAACACAGUAGAAAUUUUGCAUCGGUAAAGUUUUGAAGGAUUUGUAGGAAAUGUUUGAGGGAAUUGACUUAAUGUUAACACGGAGCCACUUCCCUCAAACACUUCAGUGAAUCCUUCAAAACUUAGAAUUUACCCAUGCAAAAUUCCUACUGUGAUCACAGAAACUUUGAUAGUGUAUAUAUACCAGGCUUUAGGAAUCAACCUGCAUACCGUGCCGCUUUAGCGAGUUCUUUGAAGGGCCCAGGGAAAAAAUCCUGAAUCCCACACGAGGGAUCGAACCCCUAAACUCGACUCUCUGCCAAUUGAGUUAAUGGAAUAAUGAAAUAUACAUUUCUGUUUCAGAAAAAUUCAGAACUAUCCUCAGUCUCAGAGUAAAAUUAGUCUCACAUUUAUUCUUAUACACUCCAGAGCACAACGAAAAAUUCGUUGUCUCGAACGGAGAUUCGAACUCAUACUUUCGGGUGUCUAGUCUGCCCAUUGAGCUCUCGAAUCAACGGGCAAUAUUUAUACUGUACCGGAUAAGCUUUCCGUAGCGACGUGAAAAAAAACACAUAUCCGUACCUUUUAGAAACGGUAUUUUCAGAGGAAUUUUUGCAACAGAGUCAGAGAGAUGUUGUUUCGCUCAGCUUCUGAAAGUUGUACAUUCCGUACAUCGGAUAUAGGUGCUUUUUCGCGCCGCUACGGAGAUAAAGCUGUCCGGUAUAAACGUAGCCUUUUUUAAAUAGGCAAGAAUUCGGUGGUCUGACGCUUCAAUCGUUUAUCUAUAGUUAGAAUAGCACUGACAAUUGUUCUGGGAAGCAAUAAUUAUCAAUUAUUGGACGAAGUUGAGCAAAAUAUUGCCUGCUAUUGUCUCAUUUGGGGGAGACAAACUAUACGCUGUGAGUUCGUCUCGACGAAAGGUCCGUGUGUUUUGCCGCGGCUGUUUCCUUAUUCAUACUCAAGAUUUAAAUAGAAUUUUCGGCCUAAGAACAAGUGCCUUUCUUAUCGCGUUGUGUGUUGAAUCAACAACCUGGAUUUGCACGACAAAAGCAAAAACUCGUUAGCGGUCAACAUUGUUUUUACGACUUGUUCUAAUUGUUUGCCAAUGAAUACGGCUGUGAAUACUAGAAUAUACAACACGCGUGACUGUUAUUUUCAACCAAUCACAAACUAUCUCAUUAUGGGACGAGUCAAGUUGCCAGCUGGUCAAAAUAUAUAGAGAUUCAAUAAAAAGCAAGGCUAUAUGCGCCCGAUCCUGUUUUUUUCGCAAAGGCUUUCAGUGGACUAUCAGACUUGGGGGUUUAUUUUAAAUUUUUUCUUUAUAGAACCUAAGGACGACGAGCCUAUGGACAUCUCCUCUGGAAUUCUAACUCAUCCUGUUAGUGAGCAAGUUACAGUAAGUCAUUCGAGUUUUUUUUUCAAAGAUUUUUGAACAAAAGUAUUUUGUAAGACACAUGCAGGUGACAAGUUUGUUUUUAUGUGAAAAUGAUUUAAGAUUCGGGCCCGGCCGGUAUAAUGUCUAAUAUUUUUAUUCUAUAAGAGUUGGUGCCGUGGCAAAAAUUAUCUUUUCAUACUGGCAAUCCAAUUAAAGGCGUUAACUAAAUAAUGAAAUGAGAUAUGGGGUUGUAUGUUGAUAAAUAUUAUAUAAACCGAGGUUCGAUUGCUGCAAUUUGCUGUUGUUUAAUUCUGGACAGGAACAUGAAGUUGGGGAAAAUCUAAUCUCUUGCGUUCAAAAAUUGCAUCGACAAAAAACUAUAUACUAUUAAUUAUAUCGAACGAAAUGCCUAAAAAUCUCGCGGAAGUGAUUAUAAUUUGGCCUUGAUUGCACGAGACGAGUGCUUCCAGUUUGACUCUACCAAAACACCUCAGAUUUUCAGUCUAGCUUGGAACAAAGAGAGAUAGUCUUCACUGGACCUCUACAAGGAAAACAGUUUAGCACUGAUAGCUUGGCUAUAUCCAGUAUAAUUAAAGUUAGUUUAGUUGAAAUCAAUUAUAGAAAUUGAAAUUAUUGUCACAAGCAGCAGUGUCAAUGUCAAAUGUAAUAUAUGCCUACUCUGUGCCAGUGUGUAUUGCCAAUACAACUAUACCUUAAAAAUACAAUAGUCAUUCAGAUAUUUUUCUGAAUGUCGAAUAACAUACAGAAAUAUUUGAUCUGUUAUUAUUUAUACUGGCCCGCAAUUAGAGGUGUUGACUAAAUAAUGAAAUAUCAGACAUGUUGUUGUGUAUAGAUAAAUAUUACAUGAAUGAUAUAUGAUUAUAAGGAAAUAAUGUUAUUUGAAAGAAAACAAUAUAGUAGCAAAACUGAUGAAGAUCCGAACCAACAGAUCGGAAGUAUUCCGAAAUGAAUAAUCGUUGUGCUUUCUAAAAAAGGAGAUAACUUUUCGUGGCGCAUGCGCGUGUUUUUCACCUGUGCGGCCCGGGUCCGAUUUUUAGGCCCCGUUUACAUGGGACCGGAACGAAGACAAACCGGGACCAUUUCGUUUCGGUCAUGGUGUUAUUUAUAAUCUGUUUACAUGAGACAGGGUCGAAAAUAACUCAGACCGGUCCGCCUGCUGGACCGAGCCGACUGACUUCAGACCGGUAUGAAUUCAAGACUGGGAUGAAUGUAAACACAAAUACAUUUCAGAGCGGUCUCGGCUGUAACCUUGACAUUGGAACAACACAUGCUAACAAAAGUCAUCUAAAAAAGAAAAUUGCCUGGCAAGGGGAAUAAAUUGAAAAUUUUGUGAUUUUCGUACCGGUCUCAUGUAAACAUGUUGACAAUUUCAAUUUUCAUUCCGGUUCGACUUCGUCCCGGUCUCAUGUAAACGGGAUUAAAAUUUUGCCUCGGUCCCAUAUAAGAAGAGUGAGUACAUGCUUCCAAUUCGGUCACACUCCUUUCUACACUUCAUGGAAGAAGACUUUGGGACUAACAGAGCUCUCCAGUAUAAAGUUACUUUUCGUUUAGUCACAAAUUUUGUAGAGCCUCCUCGCAAAUUAGGAUCUAUACAAGGGUUCCUCCCGUAGGGUAAAUCCCUUCGUCUUUUCUCAAGCCUUGAGUUUCUAUCUUGAUCUUGUUUUACGCCCGUAUUCUAAAAGCUCACUCACACUCAAUGAGUGGAGGUUCAAUUUGAGCUUCUAUUGAGUUUCAAUGCUAUUUUUGAAUAGCUGGAGGGUUAGUGUCGUACCUUACUAUGUGACUACUCAUCCUCCAGCUAUUCAAAAACAGCAUUGACACUCAAUAGAAGCUCAGAUUGAACCUCCACUCAUUCAGCGUGAGUGUGAGUGAGCUUUUAGAAUACGGGCGUUAGUCUCGAUCAGACUCUCAAGCCUUGAGUUUCUAUCUUGAUCUUGUUUUAGUCUCGAUCAGACUCUCAAGCCUUGAGUUUCUAUCUUGAUCUUGUUUUAGUCUCAAUCAGACAGAUGUUCAGGCUGCGAUGAUGUCGUGACGGACCGUUAUUUACUGAAAGUUGCCGAGACUUGUUGGCAUGUACGUUGUCUAAAAUGCUGUAUGUGCCAGUGUGAUUUGGGACUGGAAACGAGUUGUUAUACAAAAGAUAAAAAGAUAUACUGCAAAGCGGAUUAUGCGAGGUAAGACAUUUAUAACGAACGGAUCAUAGGAAACAGGAGAUUAGGAAAUCUGUUUCAUUCUUAAAACUCUGCUGUCGAGGCGACCUUUUUGAAUUCUCAUUUGAUAUAAACAUAUUUUAAUAACAAAAAUAGGGAAAAAAGUAUUUACAACAAAAUUGCAAGUUUGAGUCAAAAGCAUUUUGCUUAUCUGGGACUCUCACUUGCGGACACACACAAAAAUAAUUCUCAUUUCCAACUUGUUUCAUACUAUUUCUGCAUCUUUAGGGAAUUUGGAGCUAAGUGUUCAAGUUGCUUACGGAAUAUUCAAGCCAGCGACUGGGUGCGCAAAGCAAGGAAUAAUGUUUAUCACUUGGCGUGUUUUUCGUGCGCAAUUUGUGCUAGACAGUUGUCUACGGGAGAGGAGUUCGCAUUACAAGAUACGAGGGUCUACUGCAAGGUUCAUUAUAUUGAGUUGUUGGAGGCCAGCGUAUUUUGUCCUAGCAAUGAGGGUAGGUGGAACUAACUUUUACUAAAAUAUUGGGAACCACUCAAAACAUUAAGGAAGAAAGCUAAAGCAAAAAUGAUGUACAAAGUAUUAAAUAAAAUGGGUCCCAAAUCACUCACAAAUCUAUUUUCUUAUAAAUAUGAGAAAACAAACUAUCACCUUCUGGACAUUUCAACUGGUCUUUGUUUACCAAAACCUCGUUCUAAUAACAUGAAAAAUAGUUCAUGUACAACGGAGCUAAACUUUGGAAUUCUAUUCCAAAAGAAAUUAGGGAAAGCAAAUCACUUUCUUCCUUUCGAAAUAAAAUCGCUGCUCACAUUUAUGAAUAAUAAGUAUUGUAAAUAAUGUGCCUGUAAAUAGUCUGCCAACUUUCUCAUUAGACAUUAAUAUGUUACUAUUUUAAUACUCAUUAAUAUGUUACUAUUUUAAUACUCUAUAUCUCUUAAAACCUUUGUAAAUAGCUCUAUCACUUUCCUGUACUUGUAAAAAUCUUAUUCAAUUUUUUGGCACACGCCCCUCGUGGAAAUCAGCUUCGGUUGACGGGGUCGGCGUGUAUAAAUAAAAGUUUCUACCUAUCUAUCUAUCUAUCUAUCUAUCUAUCUAAAUCCGACCAUGAGGACUGGACUAGAUUUCAAGUCCAAAGCGAAGCCGACGACUAGAUUAAACUGCGACAACUUGAAAUUUAGUCCAGUCCGAAUUGGAUUUGAAAUGACAUUUCAUACGAAUAAAUCAUUGCUCAAAGUGAAGUGAAUUAAUUUUGAUCCAGUCCUAGGAUUGGAUGAUAUACUUCACCAGGUAUCCAGUAUUAUCAUGUGAGCAAAAUAAAGCAAUAUGGUUGGCUAAUUUAGUUAUUUACGAUACCAGAUUCGCUUUUCAGUUGUUGACAAGUUUGGAACAAGUUGUUAUCAUCUUGCAACAAGGUUAAUGAGGCCAAACAGACUCGCAACAAGUUGUUCCAGCAAGUCUGAUGUAUCGUCUGUAACGUAACAAGUUGAUGAGAACAAGCUCGCAGCAACUUGUUGCGAACAGCUUAUAUUAUAGUCUUGUUGGAACAACUUGUAGCAAGUCUGUUACCGUCAUCAACGUUGUAACAAUUAAGGUGUCAACAAAUUUGUCGCAACAAUUGGAAACAAGCGGUGCGAGCAACAAAAUUAUGGAACGAUUUAGACAGGAAUUUCGAAAACAUUACUAUAGUACAGUUUUAAUAUUUUUAAGAAAUAUUUGAAACAAAAUAUGCUUUUAGAUAUUGUAUCUUGAUUGAUAUCAAUCAUGUAAAUAGGUUGUCUGUAUUUUUUGUGAAUUAAUCUGAAAAGCCCGACAAGGGAAUUUAAUUUUUGAAAAAUAAUAAUAAAUAAUACUAAAUUGCGCGUUUUUGCGUGUACAGUCAACGCGCUCCUCUUUAAUUCAAAGGUGCCCUCGCAUAAAUCGUUCUCUCUUUGUUAUUCCAACAGAACAAGGAUCACUGCUAAAACCGAAAAGAAUUCGUACGACCUUCUCAGAAGAUCAACUUCAAAUACUAAACGCAAACUUUAAUCUGGAUCCAAACCCGGACGGUCACGAUCUUGAAAGGAUUGCCAAGCAAACUGGAUUAAGCAAACGUGUUACGCAAGUUUGGUUUCAGAAUUCGCGAGCGAGGCAAAAGAAACAGUCUUCAAACAGUGGUAUAUUAAUGUUAUUAUCUUUAUUCUUUAUGUAUUUCUUUACUUGAAC